CGACGAAUAGUCAAAACUCGCUCAGGCGGCAGAUUAUGUCAAGUCGGUGAAUCGGAAAACAAUUUGACGAUUGAAUCAGUCAGAUCAACAACCAAAGUUGAGAUCAAAGACUGUGAAGGGGUGAAAGAAAAGAAGUGAGAGCGAUGGCGCAACCGAGUAAAGAACCUUGCAAGAAAGAGGCUUGCGACAUCCAAGCCUGCCUCUCCAAGAACAAUUUUCUUCCUCAAAGGUGCCAGAGAGUGAUAGAGAUGUUACAGGCUUGCUGCGAAAGAUGCAAUAACGAGUCAACACAUUGUGGAUCUGUAGCUGCUCUCUUAAAGCAAAUCAAGAAGUAAUAAACACAGAUGGACUAAACAGAGACAUAAGAAGAGACUUCAAGGCACAUUUUUUUACUCAUUCCGUCUCCUCUUAUAUAAUAUGAUGAUGAAGAAGGAAGAUAUCUUCUGUAUUUUUAUUUUUGGUCGUGGAGAUAUCUGUAUAACUCUGUCACUACUCAAAAA